GGCUGCCACCGAAUAAGGGAGGAAGUACAAUGUAAAAUACUGAUUUUGGUGUCAAACGGCUUGAUUAAUAUGAUACAUGUAGUGUAUGUUAUAAGUAUAACACAUGUUCAUGUAAGAGUCAAUACUAAAUAUGUGGAUUAAUGUCUGCAGGUGCUCUACGGAAGGCUAAACCUGCGGCUUCGUCCGCUUUGAAAAAGAAUGGGGGGUGCGCAGGGGAAAGAAAGCAAACCUAGUUCCGGGAAAUUGAAGGCAAAGACAAAAGAUCCUCGAAUUUCUUCUGGAAAUAUAUUUGCAGAACAUAAUGAAGCCCUCCUCCAAAACCGCCCCCUCCCCGAUGCACCUCUCAACCUCCUGGGCUCCAAGUGGAUGUCAAAGGAAAACCUGCUGACAGGACAACAUGAAGAUGACCCCAAUUUGUUUGUGGCGCUUUACGACUUUCAGGCUGGGGGAGACAACCAAAUCAACAUUAUUAAAGGUGAGCAGACGACAAUCCUGGGGUACAACAAAGGCGGAGAGUGGUGUGAAGUGAAGAACCGGAAUGGCAUGGUCGGCUGGGUCCCCAGCAACUACAUCGCUCCCGUGAACAGUCUCGACAAGUUCUCCUGGUACCACGGACAGAUAUCAAGGAAUGCCUCGGAGUACUUACUCAGCAGUGGCAUCAAUGGGAGUUUUCUUGUGCGUGAAAGUGAAAGUAGUCCUGGUCAAAGAUCAAUUUCUGUACGGUUCGAAGGUCGGGUGUACCACUAUCGGAUCAGUGAAAACCAGGAUAGUGGCAAGGUUUAUGUAACAUCAGAACAUCGCUUCAACACACUGGCUGAGCUAGUUCAUCAUCAUUCCAUCCAUUCUGAUGGGCUAGUGACAACGCUUCUGUACCCUGCACCAAAGAGAAACAAACCGACCGUGUUUGGCGUGAGCCCCGAGCCAGACAAGUGGGAAAUAGAACGGACAGAGAUCGCCAUGAAGCACAGGCUGGGAGGAGGCCAGUAUGGAGAUGUGUACGAGGCUGUGUGGAAGAGGUACAACAAGACCGUGGCUGUGAAGACUCUCAAGGAGGAUACUAUGGCACUGAAAGAUUUUCUGGAAGAAGCUGCAAUUAUGAAAGAGAUGAAACAUCCAAAUCUUGUUCAGUUGCUGGGUGUCUGCACACGAGAACCCCCAUUUUAUAUCGUAACUGAGUUCAUGGCUCUGGGCAACCUGCUGGACUUCUUGCGGAGCAGUAAUAAAAAUGAGCUUGGCCCCACUGUGCUCAUGUACAUGGCAACGCAGAUUGCAUCAGCAAUGGCCUACCUAGAAGACAGGAUGUUUAUCCAUAGAGAUCUAGCUGCUAGGAACUGCCUUGUGAGUGAGAACCAUCUAGUCAAGGUCGCUGAUUUUGGUCUGGCGCGGCUGAUGAAGGACGAUACCUACACGGCCCACGCUGGGGCCAAGUUCCCUAUUAAAUGGACGGCACCAGAAGGAUUAGCUUUCAACAAAUUCUCAACCAAGUCCGAUGUCUGGGCGUUUGGUGUGUUACUAUGGGAACUGGCCACUUUUGGAAUGUCCCCGUACCCCGGUGUGGAGCUGACUGACGUGUAUCAUCUGUUGGAGCGAGGCUACAGAAUGGAGCGACCUUCUGGUUGUCCUGCCAAUGUGUAUCAACUCAUGCUUAAGUGCUGGCAGUGGGAGCCAAAAGAUCGACCUACGUUCCAAGACAUCCACUUCUGUUUAGAAAAUAUGUUUGAUAUUUCCAGUAUUAGUGAAGAAGUGGAAAAGGAAUUGGAAAAGAGCGAGAAGAAAAAAGUGCCAAGUCUGCCUUCAAAGAAAUCUCGUAAUCAAAAUUUUGAUAGUUCUGAGAUGUUAGGUGAUGGACGUUCAAGUGCAGGUCCAACUCCACCAGCGGGAAGACGAGUGUUACCUCCAUUGAAUGAUGCUGAUAUCACGUUAAGAAGAGUUUCCGAAAUUCUUUCCCGGAAAUCAUCUCGUAAGAAAGGAGGUCCAGCCCCAGCUCCCCCGCGCCGGACUACUUCGUGUCGAGAAGCGGGCGGGGAAAAGUCCGAACUCGACACUGAGCUCAAAUCACGAAUGAAGCUACAAAAAGCUAAAAUUGAAAGUUCAACGAUUGCUGAAAACGAAAACACAUAUGAUGGCCCAUGGGACAACAGUGCUUUAAUGCUGACAAUUGAUCCCAGUUCUCGGACUGCGGCCCUUGCCCCUCGCUCAAAACACAAUAGUGGCUCACCUAAGUUCAUAUCUAGAACAGAUGCUAAAGACAAGUUCGUUGGUGAUGACGUUCAAAAUAAAAGUGAAGAUACACUUAAAAUGGCUCAAAUUGAUAAGUCAAAGUAUUUAAUUUCUGAGGCCAAUGCUCGCAAAUUUGAUAAAGCUGAUAUUGAGAGAAGUAGUGGUAGAAAGAAGUCUUCACUGGCAAGUAUUGAUUUGGACAAAAAGUAUGACAAACGUACUAAAGAUGGUGAAGAGCCAGAACAAUUUUCACAAACAGUUGAACCAAGUCCUCAAAUCGGGGGCCAAUACCCUAAAAAAGCCUUGCCACUGCCGCAGAAUCCCUCAGUUCGUAAAAAAGUGUUGGAUUCUUCGAGGCCAGAGCUUAAACAUUCUUCUGUCAGUGUCGAUUCUAGUGGGGGGUCUGUCGCAGUAGGGAAAUUAGAUGUAGCAAAUGUUGCAAAAGCAAUCAAUAGGUAUGGAACAAUUCCCAAAGGUGUCCGCAUUGGUGCCUAUUUGGCAUCGAUGGAGCAUGAACAGAACAAUCAUAAUCGGGACUUGCCCACAGUGGAAGACCAUGAUUCAGGAACCGACACGGCUAGUGUCAUUUCAUGUCCACCUAUGAACUUUAAUGGUCAACUUUCCAGUGCUAACAGCAAGCCUACGAAGGACGACAGUGAUCCAGGCAUUAAGCCUGAACCAAAUGUCAAACCAUCGGCUGUCGUGAAAUCACAGUCUACUCACGUUAUAGCCGAAAACACAACUCCCCAGGCCCACUAUGCAGGCGUGCUGCAGAGGCAUAAAUCUGACCUGACAUCUGGCAAAGCAAACUGUGUGGGUAGUAGCAAGACCGAUCUGACGUCGUAUAAGUCUGAGACGGAUCUGACAAAAGCCUCCGAUGUGCAGACGGAUAACAUUAGUAGUGUGACACAAAAACCGAAACCAAGUCCGCGUUUCUCGAGAAAUUUCGGAGAUGCAAACACUGAACAGCCAAUGGCGCCUUUCUCACAAGAUGACCUCCGCCCGGGACCUCGCGUGCCUCACAAGCCUUUCCAUCACCCACAGGGCUCAGAUCUCAGCCAGGCUUCUGAUGGAGUCCACGAUCAAAACUCUCUUCCUCCAAGACCGCCCUUCUCUGUCAAAUCCAAAUCUUCGCAGGCUGACGGCAGUCCCAAGGAUGCUGAUGGAAAUGAUAGUAGUAGCUUCGGUAAAAAUAAGUUCUUUCAAGGUUCACAACAAAAGCCUGCUAAAGAUGACGCAUCAAAUGCUGUGUCGUUGUUUAAAACAUUUGGUAAAGUUAACAGCGUCAAGGAGACCAACCUUGACCUGGUGAACAGCGAUGCUAUUCUCGGAAUAAAUGAUUUGUCUAAAAAACAAACUGAUGACAUAGACGAUGGUAUUUACAAACCUGUCAUUCCUUUGCAGAGGUUGAUGCAGGGCAACAUUAAGGCCAGUCUGGAUCAGAUGGAGAGGUCACUGGUCGAGCUGGGACCCGAGCAGCCCAGUGACCAGCCAUCCGAUUCAGAGUCGGCUUCAGUAUCAAAAGACUCAAUUCUACAGGCUUCUUCCAAGUUGAAAUCGUGUAUUGAUAAGUUGGCUGUGGCGGGGAACAAGUCGAGCACAAACUUUAUGCUUUUGUCGGAGGAAGUUCAGUCUUUCUAUGCACUGUGUUGUCAAUACAUAGACUCACUACCGCCCCAUGCCAAGUUUCACGCACGGGAGCUCUUAUCUAGGCUACAGUUGCAUAGUCAGAAUCUGAAAACAUACACUAGUAGCACGCCAUCUGGUGGUGGCCAUCUGCUCGAUGAUAUACAGAGUACUAGUAAGGAAAUAAUGCACGUAAUCGAUAGAUAAGUUUAUAUUCAGCCCUGUGUGUGAAAACGUAUUGAUACAAACAUUUUGGGUGGCUUUUUGGCCAAAUUGUGUCACUUUUAUACAAAAGAAAUACUUUUUUUUUUAAAUAAUAGAAUCAGCAUGUAUGCUUGUGAAUAUGGCCAGCUAGAUUCAAAUUUUUAUUACAAGGAAUUGUGAGGGAAAAUGUCAUUGCUUCCAUGCUUAGUUCUUCUUUUCUUUUCUUUUUAUUUAUAAAAACAUUUGUAUCUUCACGUGUAUCAUCUAGUGUGGAAAUUGAAUCCAUUAAUAAUUAUACCUUAAUAAAACCAUGCAUUGAAUGCAAAUGUUUAAUUAAUCUUAAGAGAUGAUAUAUAUCUUCGUUUGAUCUGAAAUACAAACAUUCAGCUUUUAUGCAUAAUUCUUUUAAUAAGAUUUUGAAUAAGUUUAUUUCAAACGUCAUCCUCAUUAAUGAUUCUUUUUAAAAAUACAGUAAAAAUCUUCAUUUGGUGUGGAUACACCAUGCCAGAUUUUCCCGAACCAGUACAUAAGACUGUCCGACAUAAAAACAGUCACAAUUUAAUAGUCUUUGAACAAGUAAAUAUUAUAACACAAAGAUUACUAAAAUUUAACGCUGGUUUGUUUAUAGAUUUUAAUUUCUGACCACGAGAUUGACUAGUUAGACACACAAUUCCAAACCAACAAACUUCAAACCAAAUGAUGCCAAUAAACCAAAAAUUGUGUUAGAAAGGACAUGUAGCAUUUUACUCCAAAUUAAUUUUACAGUUUAUUUGACCUUUGAAGACUUCCACACCAUUAACAUAGAGUUUCUCAUGUUUUAUUUUAUAUUUAUACUUUCAUUGCCUGCCAACCAUAAUUUUAAUUUAAUUUUCUUUUUAAUCAGCUUUGAAUUUUUAGUAAAUAUCUAUUCACUGUAAAUGUAAUUUGUAGAUAACUGUUCACUUGGUUUGUUUCUGGAAGCUAUAACAUUUCUUCUUUACCAUUUCCCAAAAUAAUUAUUUCUGUAAUUUGGAUUGAAAGUGUGAUUGUUUUUGUCUUUUAAUUGCAAUGAGUAAACUUUUUAGGUAUGGAACAUUUAAAAAAAAGAUUGGUGUGUAAGGAUUUUAUAAUGUUUUUGCAAUUGUAUCAUGGUGACUAUAAAAGUGAAAUCUA